AUGGAAUCACCACAAAGCACGCAAAUAAUAACAUCAUCGCUCAUGUCUACAGAAGAACCUCUGCUUGAACACAUAGAAAUAAAAACGCACGCCCAAUUGAUGUCUCAAUUAAAAAUGAUUCACACGUUCUCUAUCGAUUUUUCAAUCGACGUGGAUUCUCCACCAACAACCACAAUAAUCGCCCAGCCAGCAACAGCACACGGACUAGCUUCCGCGAUAAUUCAAGCUUAUUCUAGGCAUCAACACUUAUCUUUAUCGCCAGACGACAUUUGGUUAACUAUUGCACAGGGUGUAAGUCGACAUAUUAAUUACAAUGCAGAGCGGUUCCGUCAUUAUUUUGUAGAGCACGAGGGUAAAGAAGAUAUAAUAAUUGAUGUCAGGGAUAUUCUUAUGACUCCUGGUCAUGAUACUCCAAUCACUGGAGAUUGGCCAAAAGCGAUUACUCGUCUAGUGAAUGAGACAGACAACAGAAUAAAGAAAGUUGACUUGAAGAAAAUUGUUGAAUGCGAUUUUUCCACUUCUGAUUUCACGUCAAUUAUCACAAGCCGUAUUAUUCUAUUGGAUGCAAUGAAAGAGUAUUUCACUUACCAUAUGUUGAUUAUGGGAUGUGGGAUCCCAAAACUGACUCUGAAAGGUACGCUAAACGAUUGGCUAAAUCUACAACAAAAAGUUGCGAAUCUACGAUCUUUGGGAUUGGACUUGGAUUUUUGGUUAGAUCGUUUGGAGCCAGUUAUUGCACAAUUUGUCGCAACAUAUAAAGGAGAAGUGAACGAAGAUUUUUGGAGUGUUAUUAAAUCUCAGAAGCCGUAUGGAAGCGGGAUGAUGACUCCGUGUUGGGAUGGUUGGAUUUGUGCAUUUUUCCCGUAUGAUAAAAAGGGGAAGAAAUUGAAUCUGAAUCAAAUUGUUCCUGAUCAGAUACCUGAUGGGUUAUUACAUGUACCAUUUAUUAUUAGCUCACCCUUCCAGACUAGAAAUUGCCAAAUGUCUGCUGGAUUUCUUGGUGCUAGACAAGAAAUUAUUGAUAAUGAGAUAGUUGUAUCACCCGUUAUUGGGUGGUAUGUGAGUGACGCAUAA